AUAAAAUGCCGAUUCUCUCAAAAAUAUGGGCGGCUCCAGCAGCUGGAAUCUUGAGAAAAACUCCGAGAAAUGCUCAUCAAAUGAGGCUAAUCUCAAUGACAUCCUCGAUGAAAGCAAAAGUCUUUAACUCUGCCGAAGAAGCCGUGAAGGAUAUUCCAGAUAAUGCAAAGCUUUUAGUUGGCGGCUUCGGACUAUGCGGAAUCCCAGAAAAUCUCAUCCAAGCUAUCACAAAAACUGGUCAAAAAGGUCUUACAUGUGUAUCAAACAAUGCGGGAGUUGAUAAUUGGGGACUUGGCUUGCUCCUUCAAACUCGACAAAUCAAGAAAAUGAUCUCAUCGUACGUCGGUGAAAACGGAGAAUUUGCUCGACAAUAUCUUAGCGGAGAGCUCGAGUUGGAAUUCACACCACAAGGAACACUCGCCGAACGAAUUCGUGCAGCUGGUGCCGGUGUUCCCGCAUUCUACACACCAACAGGAUACGGUACCCAGAUUCAAGAAGGAGGUGCUCCGAUUAAGUACAGUAAAACUGAAAAAGGAAAGAUUGAAGUUGCAAGUAAAGCGAAAGAAACACGACAAUUCAAUGGAAUUAAUUAUGUAAUGGAAGAGGCUAUUUGGGGAGAUUUUGCAUUGAUCAAGGCGUGGAGAGCAGAUACUCUUGGAAAUAUUCAAUUCAGACAUGCUGCUGGAAAUUUCAAUAAUCCAAUGUGCAAAGCCUCUAAAUGCACCAUCGUCGAAGUAGAGGAAAUCGUCGAACCGGGAGUAAUUGCUCCAAACGAUGUGCACAUUCCAUCAAUCUAUUGUCAUCGUCUAGUUUUGGGAAAGAACUACAAAAAACCAAUCGAACGGCCAAUGUUCGCACACGAAGGACCAAUAAAACCAUCUACAUCGGCUGCUGGAAAAUCGAGAGAAAUCAUUGCAGCACGUGCAGCUUUGGAGUUCACAGAUGGAAUGUACGCCAAUUUGGGUAUCGGGAUUCCGACUUUGGCGCCAAAUUAUAUACCAAAUGGAUUUACUGUUCAUUUGCAAAGUGAGAAUGGUAUUAUUGGAGUGGGACCAUAUCCAAGAAAAGGAACAGAAGACGCCGAUCUCAUUAAUGCUGGAAAAGAGCCAAUUACUCUUCUCAAAGGAGCUUCAAUUGUUGGUUCUGAUGAAUCAUUCGCAAUGAUUCGUGGUUCUCAUAUGGAUAUUACUGUGCUCGGUGCACUUCAGUGCUCACAGUUUGGAGAUUUAGCGAAUUGGAUGAUUCCGGGAAAAUUGGUGAAAGGAAUGGGCGGUGCAAUGGAUCUUGUCUCUGCUCCCGGAGCCCGUGUGAUCGUUGUAAUGGAGCAUGUAUCGAAGAACGGAGAGCCAAAAAUUCUAGAGCACUGCGAACUUCCUCUGACCGGCAAAGGAGUAAUUUCCCGAAUCAUUACUGAUAUGGCAGUUUUCGACGUGGACACAAAGAACGGAUUGACAUUGAUCGAAGUCAGGAAGGAUCUUACUGUAGAUGAUAUCAAGAAACUCACCGCUUGCAAAUUCGAAAUUUCCGAAAAUCUGAAGCCAAUGGGACAGGCUCCUCUUAAUCAAGGAUAAUUUGUCAAUUUUGACAAAUUUCCGUGAAAUGUGUAAAUACUUCUUUAGUCCGUUGUUUGUUACUUUUUUGUCUUUUGCCUAUAAUACCGGUUUAGGAUUGUGUGAACAAAAAGAGUUUUAAUGAAAUAGUUCAUAAAAAAAUAUAAAAA